AUGUCGGUAGGAACACCCGUUAAACUUUUCUAUGAAGGGAUCGGCCAUAUUGUCACGGUAGAGAUGCAGAAUUCACAUUUAUAUCGCGGAACUCUGAUAAAUGUAGAAGAUAACAUGAACUGUUUAAUGGAAGGCGUAACUAUGGUUAUGAAAGAUGGAAAGACAUUAGCAUUGGAACAGGUCUUUCUAAGAGGUGCUCAGAUAAGAUUUGUAAUCUUCCCAGAUAUGCUAAGACACGCACCAAUGUUCAAAAUAAGCGCAAAGGAUAGAAAUAAACAAGCUGUAAUACCACCAACAACACAAACACAAUUCAACCGUAGAAGAAAUUAA